CAAAAAUAAAGGCUACAAUGAUUUUUUUCAGCUCCCUUGGUGCUCAAAUAAUCAGCUUUUCAGCAUCUUGAGGCGUGAAAUUUGCAAGGGAGCAGUGAUCACUGUACAUCUUUUUGAAUACCGAAUUAAGGAGGAUAAUAUUUUUUUUGUUUAUUUUGUAGAACAUUAUAAACACCACUGGUUCCCAGAAAAGCCAUGCAAGGGAUCAGGUUACCGAUGUAUCCGGAUCAACCAUAAAAUGGAUCCUCUCAUUGGACAGGCAGCACAGCGGAUUGGAUUGAGCAGUCAGGAACUGUUCCAGCUUCUUCCGAGCGAACUCACUCUAUGGGUUGACCCGUACGAAGUCUCCUAUCGUAUCGGAGAGGAUGGCUCCAUCUGUGUGCUGUAUGAAGCUGCACCAGCAGGAGGUAGCCAAAAUAACACCAACGUGCAAAUGGUAGACAGCAGAAUAAGCUGUAAGGAGGAACUUCUCUUGGGCCGAACUAGCCCUUCCAAAAGCUACAAUAUGAUGACUGUAUCAGGUUAA